CCCUGUCACAACAUUCCUACCGUGUCAUUAUAAACACACUCCAAAACAGUUUAAAAUUCGUAAUGAUCCACGGAAAGUACAUCCAAGAAGGUUGAAAGAAGUUAAAGUCUACAAAAAAUUGAAAUAUGGAUCGGGGAGUUUCGGUAACAGAGCAGAGGCUGGCAGAAAAGUUGACGAUUUUGAAUGAUCGUGGAAUUGGAAUGCUCACUCGAAUUUACAACAUCAAGAAAGUAAGGGUCAGAAAUAGCACGUUGUUCUCUAAGUUAACCUUACUUUGCUGCCCAUGUACUCCUGAUAAAUGCUGCUAUACAAACUAAAGCAGACUAGAGCCCCUUUGAGAGCUUCAUGUCUUAACAUUGAACAAGAUCAGCUGUUUAUAGCUCGCCUGUGGUGAAUUGAGUGCUUUCGAAUUGGUUCUAUGGUUAAACAUUUCCUCCCGCCUUUUAUCGUAGCUUUUCUGUUUCUUUAAAAGAUGCUUAUCACGAAUGUUUUUCCUAAGGUGAUGGUUCAUUUAUUCACACAAAAUCAUCCAAGAUUAGGACGUAAACUUGGUGUUUAGGCUGAACGUGUACAAUUGAAAUAUCCACAAAGGAUUGGAAAUGUGACAAAAGUGUUUGAUGUUGCAGGAGUAAAGUGUGAUCUGUUAUGCGACCAGCAGGCAUCAAACCCUUGAUGUACGUAGUUAUUGUCUGUGUAAUUGUUUUUGUGUUCUUUUUGUGAUUUUCAAGGCAUGUUCUGAUUCAAAAUCAAGGCCAGGCUUUUUGACUGACAAAGCACUGGAUCCAGCAAUCAAGGCCAUUGUAAAGAAAUUUCCCGUAACAGACACCAAGGUACACUUCUCCAUUAUUACAAAUUAAAGUUAUUUAAGUUUAAACCACUAGAGGCACUGCAUUUAGUUUUGAGGAGAAAGUUUUUUAUGCAUGUACUGUUCAAAUUGAUACGAUUUUCUUAGGUUUUUUGUGAUGUUUCCAUGACACUAGAAUUCUAUUCUUCUUGUCAUUGUUUAGAGUGUUGCACUUCAACCAGUUCACAGCAUCCAGAAUGAGGUUAUCAAAGGACUGUCUAAUUAUUAUUAUACAUUUGUGGAUGUUAUGGAAUUCAGAGUAAGUUUUACUGAUGCUUUAUAAUUAUAUUGAUGCUUAUCAACCAGCGUGUGUGACAUGCUUAAAAAGCCACAUUUCAAAUUUCUUAGACAACAGUGAUCCUCACUUCUUUUGAGUGCUGAUCAUUUCAUCAUCAUUUCAAUCAAAUUUUGAAGUGACUGUAUCAUAAACAACAUCUGUAGACAGUGUUUUCAAGUUUACACAAAUACUCUGUUGUUGCUGUUAUUAUCAACAACAAUAACUUAAUUCUAUGAUCAUUUUGAUGACCAUAGCCACGAAAUAAUUGUUUGUUUGAUUCUAAUUAUUGUUUAAUUCAUUUUGAUUCAGGAUAACACCAGUGAGCUCCUAACAGAGAUUGAUGCUAGUUUUGUACAUUUUGACAUUGUAAGUGCCUUCUCAGUUUUUCCAAUAUUUUACUCCUGUUUUCUUGACAAUGCAUUUUUUUCUUUCUAUAUUUCAAUACAAACACAAAGUAAUUGAAAAGAGAUUUGUGGAAGUUAAGGAUAAUGUCAACUCUUGGGACAUAAAUUUAUUUUGUAUAAGUACACAUUACCUAUGUUACUGAAAAAUCAACAACUCAAUCUUGCACAGUUUCUGUUCAGUGUGUUAGCUUCAACCCAUUUCCUUGUUUGGAAAAAAGGUGAAUGUCUAUGGUAAUAAUUAUAAUAAUAAUAAUAAUAAUAAUAAUAAUAAUAAUAAUAAUAAUAAUAAUAAUAAUAAUAACUCCCAGAUCAAAUUUGCAAUUCUCCUUACUGUCAAACAUACAAUUUCGGUAUUCUCAUCACUUAUCUGCUUGAUAUUGUAUUGAUAUUGUGCGGAGAAAUUAUGUCUUGGUCACUCAUGAGAGUUAAAGGGUUAAACUAUUUUAAUGUCACCUUUUGUAGGCGUUAAACUAUGACUUGACAAAGGCUUAUUUGGAUGUGAUUGUUACCUAUGCCACACUUAUGAUGCUGGUUGCCCGAGUGGAUGAUCGCAAAGCUGUCUUGGGUCUGUUUAAUCAUGCCUAUGAAAUGAAGAAUGGCAGAGGGUAGGUAGAUUUAUACCCCAUUCACACCAGCAAAACAUGUUUUGUUAAACUGGUUUUCAUUGAAUGAAAAUUAUAAACAGAGAACUGAAAAACUUGAUUUUCCAUUGGAUUCAAGUACUUGCUAACUUGCAUUUCCAAUGUGCUACAUUCAAGUCAAAAAUAUUCGGUUAAAUAGUUUUUAAACAUGUUUAAGCUUUGGUGUGAAUGGGGCAUUACACACUCAGCAGGUACAGUGUACAUGUUCUCUCAGCAAGAGGGAGGGUGUAGACUCAAAACUUUGUUUUUCAAAAAUCAUUUCAACUUGUAACUUCUCAUGCCUGAUAAGUCUUUUGGACAGAAUCAAGGAAGAUGAAAGAAAAGGAAAAUUGUUAAAAACUAUUGGCUAUUACUUGUGACAACUUUAGUGUACCCAUCUGUUUUAUUUUUAAUGAUUAAUUGACAUGCCUAAGGCACAGGAAAUAUCAUGUAAAUACUCAACUGGUGAUUUCCCCUCACAUAGUCAUUAACUUGCCAAGUUUAAACUUAUUUCAUUUUAUUGUACACUUUUUUGUAGGGAAGAUUCCUUUCCACGACUGGGGUCUAUGAUUGUUGAAUAUGAAAGUCCAUUGAAAAAAAUUGCUGAGCAAUUUGUUCCACAUCAACAGGUUAGAUAUUGAUGAUCCUUAUUUUAAAACCAGCCAACAUAUUCAAGUCUACUUUAAAAAUAUUUGUUCUAGUGUUAAUUUUAUUGCUGUGUUUUCAUUCUGUUGACAUUCAAGUGAGAGUGAUGGAUUUUUUGAUUGAUGGAUUAUAUUAAGUGAUUGUUUUGGAAAGUUUACUGCACUGUAACUGGUACUCUUAGGCUCAAAGCAUUUUCUUAAUCUGUUGCAGAGAGUGUCAACUGCCCUCCACUCAGUUCAUGAGAUCUAUUUGAGGAGAAAUACUCCAGGAGAACAGGUGAGUCUUAUUUGGAGGAAUGAUGUUAAUGAGCAGAGGAGAAUUCUUGCUCGAAUUGCUUCAGAUACACAUGUUAAAAGUUUUAGUUAUUUUUUGGGUGAAUGAGGUUUUGAUUUAAAUCCUUAGUGGCGUCAAACACAGAUUGUUAGCAUCAUCAGUGCUCCAUUACAGAUGCUCAAUCCAGUCACCAGUGAUGUGGUAAGUAUUGUGUUUAAGUUUCUUCACAUGUCUCAGCUGUUGUUCAUCCAGUUUAACCAUCACAACAUUAAAAGUGAUUAUUCUUUUAACUAUUUUGAUAUACAAGCAGACAUUUAAUGACAAUGGAAAUAAUAUGAACUAGGCAUCAUUACUGACACUGUUAAAACGCCAAAUUCUAAGCUACAUUUGAUAAAGGAAUCUAUGAUCAUCAUUUUACAGACAGAGAUAAUUGUCAGAUCUUAAUUGGCAGUGAAUGACCACUAAUUGAAUUUUUGAAUGAUUCCUCUUGAAGACAUAAUUAUACAGUACAUGGUUUGCUACAAAUCAAAUUGGGUUAAAUAACAAAUGUAAGAUGAAAUAAUUAUCACAUCAAUUAGUAAACCAGGUUGAAUACUGAGGUCACAUUGGAUCUACAACUUACAUGACACUUUGCUUUUGCAGCCUCCUGUGGAGUACCUUUCACUGGACAGAAUGCAGAAGUGGAUAUUGUGUAAGUGUCUACACAAAUGAUUUUAUUUCAUUAGAAAUAUUUAUUAAUAAUUUACCUUAUUGUAGUCCCACUAAUUGAAGUUAUUUUUUUUCCUUUGGGAGCUGAAUCUUAGGUCAGCUGGAAUGUCUUCAUGUUCAGUUGACUGUCAUAAGGAAUUAUGUAUGAUUUUUUUUUUUUUGCUCUAUAGUUGGAUACACACUUUGUCAUCAGCAACUUGCUAUGCCUGGUGUGACAGACAUGUGGAAGAUUGCUUUACAAGAUGGUUACUGUGUUACUUUGUUCCGCGAUGAAGUCAUUAUGUAUCACAAGGAGUUUCAAAAUUUACUAGAUGGGAUGAAAGGGUGAGAUAAAAAGAUCUGCAACUUUUUUUGUUGCCUCAAAGAAUUGAAGGAGUUUGUGUUUAAAAGUCCCAAGUGGCAUGUGAUAGCUUGCCGAAUUCUCCAUCCAAAUUUUCUUGUAUUGCCAUAUGAAACAGAAGGAGAAUUUCAUGUUAGAUCAAAAUUCACUCAAAGCAUUAUGUUACACAGGAUUUAUAUCUGCAUAUUAUAUAUAACUUGGAGAUCUUUAUGACAGUCUUUCACAUCUUGUGGUUGUGACAAUUUUUCUUUUCGAGUGUUUUCCCAAAUUUUUCUUAGUUGAAAAUUUUCUUAACUUGUCAAUUUAAAAAGGAUUCUCUUUUUUUGCUGAUUCAUUUCUAUAAUUUUUAGACAAAGGAAAGAAAGCAAGCUGAAGUGGUUUAACCCAAUGAGAAUAUAUGCUUUUUACUGUCUGUUAAUUUUGUUUUCCAGGUAUGGCAAGCGUGUCAAAGAUAUUCAAGAUGCUAUGACGCAUGCAUUAACAACAAGGUAAUUGAGUGUAGUUUAACAAAGCAAAUUUAUUAUCUGCAUUAAGGUAUUCAGUGCAAAGUUACUCAGGGUAUCAUGAAUUGAUUAAUAACUUUGUUAUACUGUUGUCAGAUAUAAUUGUUUCCUUAAAUAUUAUUUUCAUCUACAACAGAAAAUAUUUGAUAACAACAUUCUCUGGCUUGUGCCUGUUAGUACUGCAUUUAUGCCUAUUUUAUUAUAUUUGUGUUGUUUCCUGUUGACAGAGGACCAAUUCACAAGGAACGUCGUAACUACCUUAGAACUGCAUUGAGAGAAAUGUCUCUAAUUCUUUCUGAUCAACCAGGCCUUUUGGGACCCAAGGUAGAUUUUGCACUGAGGAUUACAUAUUGUAACUUACAGUUUAGUUUAUUUAGAUAGAAUUUGGUGUUAGCAAGAAAAAAAAUCUUAUUUCCAAGCUUUGUUUGGAAAAGAUUAACAGUGUACCUGAAAACUCUUAAUUGUAAGAAAUCUUAGAUGUCCAUUUUUAAGAGACUUUGUAGAGGCAAAGAUUCAUGAGUUGCCCAGCAGAAGCAAAAGUUAAUCACCUUGGAUACUGACAGUCUCCUCGACAACAAAGGCCUGCAUUCUUUGAAGCAUAUUUUUACCUUUAAAAUGCAUUUUUUUUUUCUGUCAACAGAUCAUUGUUGUGCUUCAAGCAUUAAGCAUGACAAGAGAUGAGAUCAUGUGGCUUGUGAGGCACACCUGUAAUCCACCACCAAAAGGGAGGAAAUUGAACCAAGAAGACUAUGUUGACAAGUGAGAAAAAAACUAGUACCAACUUAAUGAAAAUAACUGUCACAUUUCUAGACAGUUUGGAAACCAAUAGACUGCCUCUGGAGACGGUUGUGUUCUGUAUGGAGUGGGUGAUAUACACUUAUUCAUGCGUAACAUCCUGCACUGACUUACAGCUCCUAGAGCUUGCACAGGCAUGGCAAUAACCAUGCUCUGAACUAAAUUGUUGACCUUUAGGGUGAAUAAUGUCUGGGUAGCAAUACUUGGACUAGUCAGGUGAUGGGUUUAUGGGUCGGGCAAGUGGAAAACUUCUUGUUAAGACUGAGUUGGUUUUAUCAUUAGCUUGGCAAAGCAGCUUGUACUGCAAGUACUGGCACAGGUGUAAGCACUGGUAAAAGUGCAGGCUUUUUUUAACAUUCUCUGUGCUAGUUUUUCUGUGUAGCUAAUUUUUAUGUUUUAUCUUUACCACACUCCCUCUCUGUGUCAGUAAAUUACCUCAGUUGCUGCUUUAUGUGGAAGAAGUAAGAGGUAAGAAAUCAGGUCACUUUAUCCUUGUCCAUGUCACCUUAACCCUUUACAUCCUAACAUCAGUAUGCAAGUUCUCCUUACUGUUCUCUGUACAUUUCCUAUGGUACUUAAACUAAGAGAAUUUGUCUAACAAUCAAGAGUUUCUUGAGUUUUAAAUAAUUUUCUUUUACUCAUAACCUUCAUGUUUGAUUCAGGGGCAAUUCUGUUGUGAGAAAUUAGAUUCUCAUCUUAAAGUUUUUUUUAAGGGUUAAAAGUUAAAAUUUUUUACCAAAUGAAAUUUAUGAAAGGUGAUUUAGUGUUAACAACUGAGUUGAAAAUGUAAAUUAGCCACCGUAAAGGGUAAAAAAGCUGACAUUUCAAGCGUUAGCACUUCGUCAGAGCGAUUGAAACGAUCGCUAAUUUACGUUUUCAACUCAGUUGUUAACACUAAAUUACCUGCUAUACUCUUCCACUGACACAGCACCACAGUUUCUUUAGAAACUUACCCCUUUAUUCAUUUAGAAAUUUAUGAAAGGCUGAGGGUUAAACAAGGUCAUUAAAUUGGGUUUAAUCUUUUUUCUUUCUAUAAGGCAUAAUCCAGAAAUAUGUAUCAGUAUUGCAGCGGUAUUUUGUCCAGUACCUGGGUGGUUUUGAUGUAGCUGUGCUCAAAGAAGUUGUACAGGUUUGUUUUACUGACUUGGGUCUCAACUAGUACUGUAUAAAUUUUAACUGGUGCUUCAAAUAGUAGUUUAAAAAAAAGCAUAAUCUUACUUCUUUAGUUUAACCCUUCACGCCCUAACAUCAGUGUGCAGAUUCUCCUCACUUUCCUCUUAAUAUUCCUGAGGUGAUAACAAGGAGAAUUUUGUUUCACAAUCAAGAGAUUUUUUAGUUGGUGAUUGUUUCUUAUAUUCUUAUGACCUUAAUGUUGAUUCAGGGAUGAUAUUGUAAAGAGAAAUUAGAGGCUAGUUACUUGUAGAGGUGAAAGGUUUAAGGUUUCUCUCUUCCUCACAGGAAUGGUCCUCUCUUUUGACAGCUUUGCAAAAAUAAAAGAAUGUUUGGGAUGACUUGAGUUAAUAUAAUGAUAACAUCAUGAAAAUAUACUUAUAAUGUGCAAGGAUUAUUUUGGGGUCUUAUCUGUUACUAGAAUUUUGCUUUGAUCUUUUGUGCAACAUUCUUAUAAUUUACUGUUGAUAUAUGUAUACAAUUUACUUGUAAAUUAUAAGCACAAGUUUGUGCAUAAAAGCUUUGACACUGCAUCUUUUUUGCUUUUCUGUUUGAUAGAAAAUUUCAGUCUGUUCUGAUGACAUCUCCAUUAUUAUGACAUCAUUUAUUGAGGAUCUUACACUGCUGAAUGUCAAACAAGGUACAAGGCUCUAAUCUGCAGAGAAUGUUGCAGACUGUCUUACCCUUUCAAUACCAGAAUUGAUCAAUGUGACAUGAAAUGUUGAACAAUUCUUGUAAAUUAUCCACAUAAAAAACCCAUUCAUACCUAGCAAACAAGUUAUAGGAAUUGAAGACAAUCUUAGGGGAAGAAGACCAUUGUCUUGCUGUAACACCAAUUUCCCUCAAAUGAUUUACAUGGAUUCAGCAUCUGGAGAGAGAAUUACUGUCCCAAUCAGAUUUUAGGAAUUAACAGGAUACAGU